CGGCCGGUGGUUAUUGUUUUGCUGCAGAUUUGUGUUUAUUUCAAUUUUUGUGUAAUUUAAUAAUCAAACCAUGAAAAGAAGAAGUCAAACACAGGCCAAAAAGGUUGUUGCGGUCACCAAAAAUGGGAAAGAAAAGACUGGAGCGCUCACUAUGGCCCAGCUCAGCUCUGAUGUCAUUUGGCAGCUGGCAUCACAGUAUUGGACGCCGGACACGAAGGCGAAUCAUUUGCCUUACAGUGCUAAUAUCAUUGAGCGCAUCUACAAUGAGGAAAUCGCCGGAGGCGGUGUUCACAGUGCGCGCCGAAUUAACAUGCUUGAAUUUAGUCAGUACUUGGAGCAGUAUCUGUGGCCAAAUUAUCAGCGGGAUACCGCAACCCAUGCCCACCUUAUGUCUAUUGUGAUAAUGGCCAACGAAAAGUUUCGGGAGCGUGUCGAAGUCUGGAAUGUAUUCGAGAAACUCCCGGAUCAAUAUCCUGCAUUUUUCCGCCACGUGCUGGAAAGCUGUUUGCCCGCCAAGAAGGCCAAGGAAGCGAACAGCUCGUUGAGGGAGCGAACGGCCUUGUUGAUGUUUAUAAAUCACUGCUUCAACAGCAUGGAGAUCGAUUUGUGCCGCGAACAAGCCAAGCGAUUGGUUUCUCUGUCCAUGUGGCACUGCCUACAGCCGGGUCGCCGCGAGCAAGAACUGCGAGAAGUUCCCGAGUGGCGAAAGUACUGGAAACGGCUGCUUAAAAAGGAAAAGGACAGCAAGCCGGAACUCGUCUGGGAAAGACAUUUCAUGCAGAACCUCAUUAUCGACUUCCUCCACAUCCUCGAAAACAUUCCCGCCGAGGGACAGGUGCCUUCUAACGUUGUUCAUUACUGCGAGCGAUUCCUGGAGUUUAUAAUUGACCUGGAGGCCCUUCUCCCAACACGUCGCUUCUUCAAUACAGUUCUGGACGACUGUCACCUUAUCGUGCGGGCUCUUCUGUCGCCUUUGGUUCGUCGUGAGGAAGGCAAAUUGUUUGGGCAGCUUUUGGACAUGCUUAAGUUUUACACCCGCUUUGAGAUCAACGAUGUCACCGGUAGUUCCCUCACAGAUCAUGACAUGACCCAGCUGCACUAUAAGAAGAUCACCUCCCUGCAGCGAGCGGUGUUCGCCAAGUUUCCCAGCUUACGGGUCUUUGCCUUGUCUAAUGUGGCCACAGUGGAUAACCGAGAGUCACUGGAGCAACACUUUGGUGGACUGGAUGGCAAGGGCCUCCUCCAGAUAGCGACUUUUUUGAAUCUGGUACCCGAGGAAGUGGUGGCACCCUUAGACUGGCACCGUGUGGACGAGCAGUUUCUUCGUGAACUUCUGAUUACUCGCCACGAGCGACGAUGCUCACAGCUAGAAGCCCUUAACGAAAUGCCCCUAUAUCCCACUGAGCACAUCAUUUGGGACGAGAACUUGGUACCCUCGGAAUAUUAUACCGGUGAGAGCUGUCUGGCACUGCCCAAGCUUAACCUACAGUUCCUCACACUCCACGAUUAUCUGCUGCGAAACUUUAAUCUUUUCCGCUUGGAAUCCACUUAUGAGAUCCGGCAGGACAUUGAGGAUGCCGUGAGUCGCAUGUUGCCCUGGCAGUCAGAAGAUGGCGACGUUGUCUUUGGAGGCUGGGCAAGAAUGGCCUUACCCAUUGCUAGCUUUGCAGUAGUCGAAGUGGCCAAACCCCACCUUGGCGAAAAAAAACCAUCGAGGGUGCGUGCAGAUGUUGGAGUCACACUUUCCGUGAGGCGAGAGAUCAAGGCGGAAUGGGAGAACCUUCGCAAACAUGAUGUUUGCUUUUUGAUAACUGUAAAGCCAACUCAACCAUAUGGCACUAAAUACAAGCACCGGGAACCAUUCAUACCCCAGGUGGGUUUGGUCAGUGUCCGAGGUUGCGAGGUGGAGGGCAUGCUGGAUGCCAAUGGGCGAGUCAUAGAAGAUGGACCUGAACCAAGGCCACAGCUGCCAGGUGAGCAGCGUUGCUAUCGCGUCUGGCUGGACUCUAACCAGUACCGUCUGGAUAUGGAUGAUCUUCAGGAGGGUGCCGACGAUGUCUACGAAAGUUUCAACAUCCUGAUGCGCCGAAAGCCUAAAGAAAAUAACUUCAAGGCCGUUUUGGAAACCAUUCGUCACCUUAUGAAUACAGAAUGCGUGGUUCCACCUUGGCUCCACGACAUUCUUUUAGGUUAUGGUGAUCCGGGAGCCGCCCAUUAUAGUAACAUGACUAACCAGGAGCGUAGUCUAGAGUUCAACGAUACCUUCUUGGACUACAAGCAUCUGGUGGAAAGUUUUCCAAACUAUGAUUUGAAAUGUGAGGUGCCAGAAGAAGAAAGGAUACCUCCUUAUCGCCUAAUAUUUGAGGAUGUGGCUAUCCAUAAGGAAAGCGAUGAGGAGGAGGUUGAAGAAAAAGUUGAGCCUGAAUUAACCAAAUCCAUUUCGGUGCAGCCAUACAAAUAUGAGGCCAGAGGCCCAUAUCCCAGCGAUAAGCCUAAGCAGAACUCAAUCCGCUUUACACCCACUCAAGUCGAAGCCAUUCGUGCUGGUAUGCAGCCGGGAUUGACACUGGUGGUUGGUCCCCCUGGUACCGGUAAAACUGAUGUAGCCGUGCAAAUCAUAUCGAAUAUUUAUCACAAUCACCCCAACCAGCGCACCUUGAUUGUAACCCACUCCAAUCAGGCGCUUAACCAGUUGUUCGAAAAGAUCAUGGCAUUGGAUAUCGAUGAGCGGCAUUUGCUGCGUCUGGGUCAUGGCGAGGAGGCUCUGGAGACCGAGAAAGACUACAGUCGCUAUGGACGUGUCAAUUAUGUAUUGGCUAAGCGCAUGGAUCUUCUUAACCAAGUGCAGAAGCUGCAGGAGGCCCUUGGUGUGGGUGGUGACAAUGCUUACACCUGUGAGACCGCCGGUUACUUUUACCUGUACAAUGUGAUGGCGAGAUGGGAGAAGUUCGAAAAUCAGAUGGGCGUGCAUAGGGAGGAGACGGAUAUAGAGAAACUGAGAGUUGUAUUUGAGAAGAAAUUUCCUUUUAGCAAAUUCUUUGCCGAUGCUCCGCAGCCAUUGUUUAAGGGUGCCAGCUAUGAGGAACUUAUGGAUACAGCCUGCUCUAAUUUCCGAUACAUCUCGGACAUUUUCACCGAACUGGAGGAAUUCCGUGCUUUUGAACUGCUGCGCACAGGUCUAGAUCGAUCCAAAUAUUUGCUUGUUAAAGAGGCAAAGAUUAUUGCUAUGACUUGUACACAUGCGGCACUAAAACGUAAAGAGCUGGUAAAUCUUGGUUUCCGAUAUGACAAUAUCCUUAUGGAAGAGUCAGCACAGAUUCUGGAGAUCGAGACCUUUAUUCCUCUAUUACUUCAAAAUCCGCUGGAUGGAUUGAAUCGGUUAAAACGUUGGAUCAUGAUCGGAGAUCACCAUCAGUUGCCUCCCGUAAUCAAGAAUAUGGCCUUCCAAAAGUACUCCAACAUGGAACAAAGUCUGUUCACCAGGUUGGUUCGCCUGGGAGUGCCUACUGUAGAUCUUGAUGGACAAGGUCGUGCUCGAGCCAGUAUCUGCUCACUGUACAAGUGGCGCUACAAGAAGUUGGAGGAUCUGCAGCACAUCUUUGAGCGGGAUGAGUACAAAAAGGCUAAUCCUGGCUUUGCCUACGACUACCAGCUCAUCAAUGUUGAGGAUUACAAGGGAGUGGGCGAAAGUGAACCCAAUCCCUACUUCUAUCAGAAUCUUGCUGAAGCGGAGUAUGUUGUUGCCGUCUAUAUGUACAUGCGUCUGCUCGGCUACCCCGCGGAGAAGAUUUCUAUAUUGACUACCUACAACGGUCAGAAGCAUCUUAUCCGCGACGUUAUCAACGCCCGCUGUGGCAACAAUCCGCUCAUCGGUUGGCCGCACAAGAUCACUACUGUGGAUAAGUACCAGGGCCAGCAGAACGACUACAUUCUCAUCUCUCUAGUGCGAACCAAGGCGGUGGGACAUAUACGGGAUGUGAGACGUCUGGUUGUGGCAAUGAGUCGAGCACGUCUUGGUCUAUAUGUUUUUGGCAGGGUCUCCCUGUUUAAGAACUGUUUAGAGCUUCAGCAGACAUUUAAUCUACUUACACAGCGAUCUCUGAAGUUGAGUCUGGUACCCGAGGAUACGUAUCCUACGGAUCGUUUGGCCAGCGCUGAUGUGGCCAGUGAUACUAUAAAAACAAUAGAAAACAUGUCAGUAAUGGCUCAAUUUGUAUACGAGCGGUAUAUGGCCAAAAUGGAGGAACUCAAGGACACUCUGCCCACCGAAGAGGAGUUGCAAGCCAUGCGCAACCGGUUCCUUCAAGAAGACGAUGAUAAUGUUCCAGAAGAAACUUCCGAGGAGCCACCGGAAAAACGAGCAGCUAAGGAAGAGCCACUGCCUAAGAAAAAAACAACAGAAGCCUUUAAGCCUACCCCAAUUCUCAAUGAGAUAAACGUAGACGAAUCAGAGAUGGAUCAAAGGGAGCAAGUUGAAAAGGAAACUACUGAAACUUCAGAAUCUGCUCCGACUGAAGAGUCUUAGCUGCAGAUUAAUUGCUCAAAUAAUUUAAUCUUAAUAAGUUCCAACAAAGUUAAAGUGACAAAUGCAAAACGCAUAGACCACACACCA